AUGAUCGAUGAUGUACUACACGAUCGAUAUCAAAUUGUCGAUAAACUAGGUUAUGGGGGUUAUUCGACUGUUUGGCUUGCCCGUGACAUUUUCGCCAAACGCUACGUUGCUGUCAAAGUCGGCAUUGCCGAUGCGUCUCCCCACGAGACAAGCAUCCUCCGGGCACUUGCCCAGCACCAUGACCCGUCUUGUGCGCAUGCAGGCCGCGACGCGAUACCUUUCCCUCUUGACGAAUUUGAAAUCAGUGGCCCCAACGGAACACAUAAAUGCUAUGCCAUGACUCCUGCACAAUGCAAUCUCAAAGAUCUGUCAGUUGAACAAUUUUACAAAACGCACGGUGAGCCUGAUACCGUUCAAAUCACACAACGAGAUGGAAAGCCGCUUCCUCCCAACAUCCCAGCCAGGGCAGUUGUCCCGCUUUUCCUUGGGAAAGAGGCGGAAGAAUUCACUCUCAAUGAUGCUCGUGUGCUUCUGAGCGAUUUUGGCGAAUCCUUCAACCCAACCUCCAACCCCCGCAAUGGCAAGAAUUGCCAUACGCCACUAGCGGCCCGGCCACCCGAAGCGCUGUUCCAGCCAGAAGCUCCCCUUUCAUUCUCAGCCGACAUUUGGAGUCUUGCUACAUCUAUCUGGGAAAUCAUUGGUAUGAAGGCUAUUUUCAGCAGUGAAUAUUCUUCUGCGGAUGAAUUAGCUUCCCAGCAAAUUGAUAUACUGGGCCCUGUGCCCCAACAUUGGUGGAAACAGUGGAAAGAACGAGGUGAAUUCUUUGAUGUGGAUGGUCGUCCAGUAGAGGGUCGCUACGUGUGGCCACCUAUCGAGCAGGCUUUUGAGGAGAGUAUUCAGAAAUACAGACGACUGGGUCAAUUGGGUGAGUAUGGGAAGGAUGAAACUGAUGCAAUUCUAGAUUUGAUGCGGCGAAUGUUCGCUUUCCGACCUGAAGAUCGACCUACCGCUGAAGAGGUAUUAGAGUCUGAAUCGAUGGUUAAGUGGUGCUUGCCUGACUUUGAGCGGGGUUUGCAUCUUAGUAGAUGA